GUUUGAUCGAGUUGACAAAUGGGGAGAAGGAAAUCAAGGGCUAAGCCACCCCCGAAGAAGCGAAUGGACAAGCUUGAUACCGUCUUCAGCUGCCCCUUCUGCAACCAUGGAACAAGUGUUGAAUGCCAAAUUGAUAUGAAGAACUUAAUUGGAGAGGCUUCUUGUUGGGUUUGCCAAGAGAGUUUCAGCACCACCAUAACAGCUUUAACUGAACCCAUAGACAUAUAUAGUGAAUGGAUUGACGAAUGCGAGCGGGUCAACAACCUUGAAGAUGAUGGUGCAACUAGGAAGCGGCUUAGACGUUCAUAAUUCUGGUUCUCUUCUAGAUGGGGAGAGCAAAAAUAGAGAGUAAUAAUGUGUGAUUAUUGUGUUAGCAUGCAUUGAGAGAACCUGGGAUUUCAAUUUGUUGGGAGUAUUAGGUUUGUU